GAGAAAAUGCCAGAGCUCUCAUCAUCUCUCUUGAACCCUUCAAGAAAGUAACAUUUGUUUGCUCAAAGUUGCAUUUGUUUGAAAUUAAGAAUUGAAAUUGUGCUUUUAAAUUGAUAUUACAAAUAUUUAUUUUUCUUUAAUCCUUUGAGGAGGUCUGGAUUCUUUUCUCUUUUGAACAUUUUGCGUACUUUCCAUUACACUUUUGGAUUAUUUGUUGCUCAGGAAACAAGCAGUUGUACAAAGCAAGAACAAUUUAAUUCAAUUAAAUUCUCUUUCUGAGGAGAAGCAAGAAUAUAGACAAUGGCUCAUCAUCAGACACAUAACCAUAGUCAACACCAUCAUCAUCAUCAGCAUCGCCACUCGUUUCAUCGUCACCAACAUCACAAUCAUGGUGCACACCUUCCAGAGGAAAAUGAGGAUAAAAGUGCUUCAGAUGCCAGCAGUGGUCGUCAUCACAGUCAUGAGCAUUAUAACCAUCAUCACCCCCAAACUGAUAGCCAUCAUCAUCAUUAUCCACAACAUCAGGAUAAACAUCACACACCGAAAAAGAAAACUCACUCUAAAGCUUCAGUCACUUCCUCAAACUCUUCUGGGCCUUCCUCUAGUUCUUUGUCAAAGUCUUCAUCAAGCUCAUCCAGUUCUGAUUCCUCUUCUUCUGAGUCCUCUUCCUCCAAUUCCUCUUCAUCUUCUUCCUCCAAAUCAUAUUUCUCCAGUUCUAGCUUUUCUUCUUCCUCUACCUCUGGUUCAUGUUCUUCAUGGUCUUCCGAAUCCAGUCUGGAAAAUGCCCCUUUGCCUACUGAGUCCAAGCGAGCUGUUCAACGUCCAAAGCACUCACAAUCAUGUAUGGAUAUCAGGAGAGGACGGCGAGCCUUUGAGGAUGAUGAGGAUGAUGUAGAUACAAUGCCUUUAUUGGAUGCUGAUGGCCAACUGAAGAAGUCCACAAGCAUAGAAAAGAACCUGACUGUCAAAGAAAAAAGUGUAGGGACUGCCAAGAAGACUGCAACAAAUUCUCAACAAAAGAAUGAAAAGGGCAAUAAGGGGCAACAAUAUAAUCGUGCUAAAGGGGCUGCAAACAUAAGAAAGACCAAGUCUAUGGAGGUUUUGUCAAGGCAAACAGAUCAUGCUGGUGUUGGAGACUUGGAUGAGAAAGGGCUGGAGAAAAGGAAACAAGAGGCUCAUAAGAACUUUGUGAAGGAGAAGAUGAAGUUUUCUGCCUUUCUGAAUGAAAUCACAAGGCAGGUACUUAGCCCAUCAAGACUUACAUCACUUGGGGUAACAGAUGUUCACAGGCCCUUGAGCCCUGGUCAAACUUCCACGUCUCCAAAGGCAUUGUCUCCUAAGCCUGAACAUAAAAAAGAAAAGAAGUCAAAAAUGACCAGAAUCUGGGCUGGAAGUAGUGCUAGCUCCAUAACAUCAACUGCUCACUCUCAUGUCAGCAAAUACUCACACUCUAGUAAGCAUUCUCACUCAAGUAAGCACUCUCACUCAAGUAAGCGCUCCCAUUCCAAUCGGCACUCACAUUCAAGCAAGACCUCCUGCUCGAACAAACAUUCUUAUCCUGAAAGGGACCUCAUCUAUCAACAACAGCACCAGGCUGUUCCCAGGCAUCGACGUGACAGUGCAAAAAGUUCUUCUUCAAAAGAUCUUUCAUCUGGGACUGAACAUGCCCACAAAAGUCAGAAAAAGCACCAAACUGCCCCCAAUGAACAUUUCAAUUCACUGAAUCAUCGAACUUCACACCACAAAUCGUCUCCAUCACACCACCAUUACAACGAAGAUAAUCAUAGCUCGCCUUUAUGUCCUUGUUCUCCAGAAACAGAAAACCGCCAUCAUCAUGCCCCUCCAGAAUCUCAUCACCAUCAUGCCCAUUCAGAAUCUCAUCACCAUCAUGCCCAUUCAGAAUCUCAUCAACAACAUGCCCAUUCAGAAUCACAUCACAAUCAUGCCCAUCGAGAUUCCCAACACCACCAUGCCCAUCCAGAAUCUCAUCACCAUCAUUCCCAUCCAGAAUCUCAUCACCAUCACGCCCAUCCAGAAUCACAUCACCAUCACGCCCAUCCAGAAUCUCAUCACCAUCACGCCCAUCCAGAAUCUCAACACCAUCAUUCCCAUUCAGAAUCUCAUCACCAUCAUGACCAUCCAGAAUCACAUCACCAUCAUGUCCUUCCAGAAUCUUAUCACCAUCAUUCCCAUCCAGAAUCUCAUCACCAUCAUGCUCAUCCAUCUCAUCACCAUCAUGCCCAACCAGAAUCCCUUCACCAUCAUGUCCAUUCAGAAUCCCAUAACCAUCAUGCCCAACUAGAAUCUGAACACCAUCAUGUCCAUUCAGAAUCUCAUCACCAUCAUUCACCAUCAUAUCACCACCAUGAAACUAAUCGUAGCCCAUCACCACACCAUAACUCUCUUCAUUCAGAUUCCCACCAUCGUUCCCUUUCUUCAUCACAUUACCGUCAUGAAUCUUACCACAGUCCAAUACAUUCUUCUAAAUCAAAAACUCACCAUCAUCCAGAAGCUCACCACUAUCCUUCUCAUACAGAAUCACACCACCAUCAUCAUUCACCUUCACCACCACAUCCCCACCAUGGAAGUCACCACACUUCAUCUUCACAUCAUCAUUCCACCCAUUCAGAAACUUCCCACUAUUCGCCUCCUUCUCCUCUCCACCACCAUGGAGAACACCAUAGUAGUAUAUCUAAUCUUUCUACUGACUCAGAAACACACCAUCAGUUUUGUGUGAAAUCUCAACACCAUCAUUCUGACUAUGAGUCCUCUCAUCCCAAGUCUCACCAGCAUCAUCACCAUCAUCAUUCCCAUCCUAAUCACUCAUCAAACCCUGAUCAUCACCAUCACACUUCAGUUUCGGAACCAGAGCACCAUAAUUUCCAUGAUGAUUUACACUCUGAAACUCACCAAUACUCUCAUUCACAUGAUGCAUCCUCUACACAUGAACACCAUUAUCAUUCUUCUCACACUGACACUCACCAUAAUCCUCAUCAACAUCACUUGUCUGACAGUCAUCCAAAAAGUCCUGUACAAUCUAAUUCACCACAUCAUUAUGAAAAUAAUCCCAAUUCAUAUUCAGAGUCCCAAAAUCACAGCACAUCACAUUCUAAAGGACACCUUUCCAAUUUGGAAUUCCACCGCCAAAGUGAUCACAAUUCUCCAGAACCUCAUCCUAACCAUUUCCACUCAGGAAGUCACGAUAACCCCCCAGUUGAAUCAGAUCAUUACCGUCACCACAAGUCUCAAGAAUCCCACAAUUAUUCCCAUUCAAAUGCCCAUCACCAUUCCAAUCCAGAGACUAAUCAUCCUCAACAUCAUGAACAUUCAGAAUCUCAUCAUCAUUCCCAACCAGAAUCUCCCCAUCAUCAUUCCCAAGAUCACUAUAAUCACCAUGACCAUCCAGAAUCGCAGAAUCAACGUUCCCAUAUGGGACAUCACCAAUUUCAUUCUGAAUCAAACCAUUAUCAUUCCCACUUCAAAGAGGAUGAUCACCCAAGCCAUCUUCGCCACUCACCAAUUGGCCAACGGUCUACUUCUCCACAUUCUAACAAGUCAGAUUCAUCUGCUAGCGCCACUAUCCAGGACGAUCAAUCCACAGUGAGCUACCAAGAGUCAUCCUCAUUCCCAAAGGAAAAGGAUUCAGAAUUGGAGAGGUUAAUGAUGUUACAGGAGCAGAAUGAGGCUCUCCAACACAACUUGCUGCAGACCACUAUGCGAAUGGAAUAUAUGGGAGCUGAGUUCAAAACCGGACACCAGCUGCUUGAAUCUGAGUUACAAAGAACUCGCGUAGAGCUUAGCAGCUUAAUGGAGUGGUUCACAAGACUUCAGGACAACUACUCCUGCACAAAACAAACCAAUCACCUUCUGGAGAAAAAACUGCAUUGUGUGGCUCAAAAUAUGGAUGGAGAGCGAGAGCGACUGAACGAGCGGAUCUCAGAGCUCACAGAACAACUGUCUGCAGCAAAGACAACCAUCCAAAGUCUAGAGACCAUUAAUGUGACAUCAAUGCUACAGGAUGCCCUGGUGAAACAUUUGAAGUCUGAUGAUCCCAUCUCUCCACUUCCAGUUGCACCACCUCCAGCUCAGUUCAUGGACAGUAAUCAUUAUGACAAAAUCUCCAUGCAUGCCGAUGACCAAUCGUUGGGAACCCUCCCAGAGGAGGAGGAAUCUGAUUGGUCAGAAAUGGGAGAUGAGGCACAAAACUGCAUCUCGAGAGGUUCACAGGGAAGUCAUGGAAAUGCGUCGUAUUUCCAAUGGCAACAGAGCCAAGGCAGUUGGGAGGGGAUGAACCAGUAUUCGAAGGGAAUCAUAGAUACAGAGAGCGAAUCUGGGGGCGAGGAAAGCAAAUGUUAUCAAGCUCAUGGCCUACAGAUACCACAUCUCAAAUUCACCGUUCACCCUGAAACCCUGCCGGUUCCUAUCGAGGAUGCCAGCCUGGCUCGCUUCAAGCAGAGUCCUGAUGGUCCAGUAUUCGAUAGCUAUCAGAUCAUACAGGUACGUAACCUGGGCUCUCCCAUUCGCGUACUCUCUGCUAGCCUGGAAGAGAUCCAUUCCAUUGGGCUUCUGAAGCAGCAAGAGCAGCAGCAGGAUCAUCACGGCCAUCUGAGGAGCGAUAAAUCCAUGAUGGACCUCUACCAGUCACAAGCCGGCACCAGAUAAGUGUUGUACGCAGAUGAGAUGGUAUGUAAUUGGAGAGAAGUGAACAGCCAUGGUGCUGGAGAGGAUAGAAAUGGGAUGGUUGGUUUGGAGUCUGCUAAAAAAUUCUCAACCACUUUAGUGGGGAGAGUACACACUUGUGAUUAAAGGGACAUUUUAGAAUGAGGAAUGUUUACUAUAUAUUGAUAAUUAUAGUACUUAUGUAGAAAAUAUUAGUGGUGAGGUACAGGUUAGCCACUUUGGCAACUUACAUUUUAUCAUUGGUGCAUGAAAAAAUUGGAAGAAAAUAGUGAGGAAAAAUCAUAAUGUGUUUAUUUUGAAUUAAAUGGCAAAAAGUGGGAUUUUGAGUUGAGAUUUUGUGAAGCUGUAACUUUCCACCUGCUAUUAAAUUUGAUGUAAUUUAAAAAGUAUUAAUACUUUUAAUUUUUAAUGUUUGAGUUCUGGAACAUUAAUUAAUUAGUCAUUGUAAUCUUUCACCAAAAUGUAACUUGCUCCACCUCUAAAACAACUGUCAGCUGGCAUCACUUGCUAAUAAUGCUAAGGCUAAUAAUAACCAAAUAGCUAUUUAGGCAUUGUUUUAGGCUACUGUAUAUAAAAUUGUAUAAAAUCUUACUAAUAGUUAAUGCAGCAAUUUAAUGCUGGUUGAUGUUUAUUAAGAAAAAAAGAGAU